GGCGUUCGCAGUUCACUUUCACUGUUCGUGCCGUGUUCUCUUUCGUUCGGCUCCACUCACGUCUGGUCUUUAAAUGUUAAAUGAAGGACCAGGCCGCAAAGAAUGUUCAGAGCUCUCUUAGUUUUCAUCGUAAUCUUUCUCAGAUUUGCAGUUAAAGAAACUUCCGGGCAGAGGGCUCACAACGAAUCGCAAGUGAGGAAUGUCCAAGACUUGUACAACACGACCUCUUGCAUCGACCCUCCGUUCAUCUGCCCGCACCCCAGGAUACAGUUCUAUCUUUACACGAGAUACACACAGAAGAAUCCGGAUCUGUUGGACACUUUGGACCCCGAGUCACUGUACAAGAGCCAUUUCAAUCCAAGGCACCAGACGAAGGUGAUCAUCCACGGGUUUCAAGGCGGACGGCACCUUUCACCGAGCACAGACCUCAGAGAUGCCUAUUUCAAGAGGGGUGACUACAAUAUAAUAAUAGUCGAUUACUCGACACUCGUUAAGCUACCAUGCCUGAGCCAGAUGCAAUGGUCCCCAAGCUUCGCUGCACAAUGUAUUGCCCAGAUGGUUUACUACUUGUCCCAGCAUCCUCGAGGUGUGCAGCCAGAAACUCUUCAUCUCAUCGGCUACAGCAUAGGGGCGCACAUUGCCGGCCUCACAGCAAAUUAUAUCGAUGGAGCGAAAAUUGGGAGGAUGACAGGAUUAGAUCCUACUAUUAUAUUUUAUAUGGGAACCAAUCGGUCCCAUGACUUGGAUCCAUCAGACGCCCAUUUUGUGGACGUAAUUCACACUGGUGCUGGCAUCCUUGGUCAGUGGGGCCCAAAUGGUCAUGCAGAUUUUUAUGUCAAUGGAGGCACAAGCCAACCUGGUUGUCUUUCCGCAAGCCUUAUAAAAACACUAUCCUGUGAUCAUACCAAAGUUACUCCAUACUUCAUUGAAUCAAUAAACAGUAAAACUGGAUUCUGGGCAGUACCGUGCCCCAACAGGAUCCAGUAUAAUUUAGGUCUUUGCGUUCCAAAUUCGGACAAGGAAUAUGUAUUAAUGGGAGAGCAUGUGCGUCGCAAUGCCCGUGGUAUUUUUUACCUCUCCACCAAUGCUUACAAGCCAUAUGCUCAAGGUUUUCCUGGAAGGAAGGCUCCUUAUGUACCUUGAAUUGAAUAGGGGGUGUGAUUUCUACUAGUGUCAAAUUGAAGAGACUUCUUGUUUAUGAAAAUUAAAUCAAAACUUAACUUAUUUGUUGGUAGUGUAUUAGAAUUGAUUUACUGUGCAUUUAUUUACCUGUAUAUACUUUUCAUGUAAAUUAUUUUAUUAUAACUUAUGCAACUUGCUCAACUGGUUCUUAAAAUACUUUUGUAUUAAAUGUUAUACUCCACUUGGUACUACAUUAUUUUAUAUUGAAAUAUCUUGUAUUUAUAUAUGAAUUAUAAAGAAAUAGAAUACAAUUGUAUACUGUUGACUGAUCAUUAAACAUCAUUUUGUUACUUCUU